AUGUAUUCACUAUAGAAAUUAGUGCCAAAUAGUAAAUUACAAAUUAAGCCUGGAGCAUUCUCUCAACAUCAAAAAUUAAAUUAAAGUGUCGAUGGUGUAUUGCCUGUAAAUUAAUAAUCCUUACAGCAACUGCAAACUCAGAUACAAAUUUUAACUAAAAAAGAACCUAUGCGUUAAUAAAAUAAGAAACAAGAGUUACUAUAGAUCUUAGAGAAUGCCUAAGCAAACCAAAAACAAACUAAAUCAAUGUCACCUAAAAGAACACCUUAGAAGUAGAAGAGUAACAGAAAAUUGAAUUUCAAUUAAAUCACAGAUCAGGACAAUAUAUUUUUGAAUUCCAGUAAUGCCAUGGCCAAUAUGAUUAUUGAGAACAUCUUAAAUAAGGAUGAAUAUUAUGAGAAAAUCAAAUUAGAGAACUAAGAACUCAAAGAUUAAUCUUCCAAAUUGUAAGUCACUCUAGGAGAUCUCAAAAGGAAAAUUACAACUCUGGAACGUCAGAAUAAAGAGAUCAAUACCAACUUAAGCAAUGAACGUCAAACCUAUCAAAACGAGCUAAUAAAAAUCAAUGAAAAAAUUCAAUCCAUGAAAACUAUGCAACAGAACUUAUAGAUGGAAUAGAAGAAAAAUGAAUUGCUCUCAAAACAAUUACAAGAUCAAAUCACAAUUAAUAAUGGCUUAAAAUCUUUUAUCUGUGAAAACUGUUUGUAAAGUAUAGAGUUCUUAACCUUCUUCUAAAAGUCGGUGUAAACCUUUUAACCACAUCUAAGCAAUGCCUAUGAAAUUUUGAUUUCGUUAUCCAAGUAUUCAACAUCCUUUAUUUUGGAAUUUAUCUCCAAAACCUAAAAUUUGAAUUUACCUGCAUUGAGAAAUUGCCUCCUACCUGAAGAAUUUGAUGUCAAUGGAUUUUUUGAGACUUUAGAAGAAUUAAAGAUGAAUGAAUCACCAGAAUUAUCAUUUCGAAAUAAAAAUAACAAUCCUGUCAAAUAGAGUAAUCAUGCAAAUAGCAAUAUCAACCUACCAAUGCCUGAACCACAAAAAUAAAAUAAAAACACUUCUUUGUAAGAAUAGUUCAAUUCAUUCCUUGAAUCUAGUGAACCUUUCUCGGAUUCACAACUAGGGAGUCCUUAUUUCACUGAUCUAGAUACUGUCGAUAAGCAACGACCUAUUAGUAAGGAAAAGCAAAGAAAUUAGAUGCCUUUGUAAAUGAAUGCUGCUAAAAGAAUAAAACCAGAAAUUAACUAAGCUCCUCAUUAUUUUUAAUCAUUCAAAUAAAAUGAUAAUGAACUAACAGUUUUCGAUUCUCUAAUGAAAGAGCCACCAACAAACAAAGAUCGAUGCUCAUCAGUUCAUAGUUUAAGAUAUUUAGAUUAACAAAUUCAAAAGGAAUAAGACAAAUCAACAAAAAGAAACAAAGAAAAUUAAUAAAAUAAUUGUCAAUUCGUGAUGGCUAAGUAUGAUUAUAAAGCUUAAAAAGAUAUUGAUUUGAGUUUCAAGAAGGGAGAUUAAAUUAAACUACUAAAAAAGACAACAAACGGAUGGUGGUAUGGUGAAGAUAAGAAUUAGGUCAAAGGAUACUUUCCACAUAAUUUUGUUCAAUUAUUAGGAUGA